GUGCAUAGUAAAUAAGGUUGAGAGCCGUACGGCUUUAGUUUCCGUGUAGCAUUCGAGCGAUAACGACCAAUGUCUUAAAGGCUCUCUAUGAAAAAAAUCAACAUGAGCCUGAUUCAGUAUGGCGUGGUUCCUGUUCUAAUUCUGUUUAAUUUACAACGCGCUGUAGGUCAAGAUGAAAAUGUAUUGAUGCUCCCCAAUGUGCGUAGCACAUUUGACGAUUGUCAUUUACGAUUUCACAAAUUAGAUGUGAUUGGUGUUGUGUCACCGGUGUUCGGACAUCCGGCUCGGCUGAAGGAGUUUGCUCAUAUGGGAGCUAUUGGUUGGACCCAACCGAAUGGAAAUAUUUCAUGGAAGUGUGGCGGAACGUUGAUUUGGGUCAAUUUUGUCCUCACCGCGGCGCACUGCGUUAUUGAUUCCGAAAACAAAGCUCCAGACGUUAUCAGAUUUGGCGACUUAAACAUUGAAUCUACUGAGGGGGAUGAAUACGCACAACAAUUGAAGAUCGUCGACAUUUUCAGACAUCCACAACAUCGAUUUACAUCGCAUUAUCACGACAUUGCACUGUUGAAGUUAGAACACAAUGUUACACUGACGGAAGUUGUGGCUCCAGCGUGCCUUUGGACAGAUGAAGAGGUUAGAUUCAAAAUACUGGAAGCCACUGGUUGGGGAAGAACAGGAUAUGCCGAAGAUCAAACUCCUGUAUUGCUGAAGGUAGCAUUGAAACCUAUUGAAAAUGUCGAAUGUAGCAAAGUUUACACAAACGGAACGGAUCGUAAGCUACAGAAUGGUCUUCAACAGCAUCAAAUAUGUGCUGUCGAUGAAAAGAUGGAUACAUGUGAAGGUGAUUCAGGAGGUCCCCUUCAAAUCAAGCUUAUGCACAACGCCAAAGUAACACCAUUUGUCGUUGCAAUAACUUCCUUCGGAACGGCUUGUGGGUUGUCCGCUCCUGGAGUUUACACUAAGGUUGCACCGUAUCACGAUUGGAUAUUGGAAACUAUGCAAAAAAAUGGUGCAUUGGUUCCAAAUGAUGUUUACAAUGCCACAUUCUGUGCUCUACGUUAUGUAUCCCUUCGUGAGUAUGAGGAUGCUAUUAUUGCUUCCCGUACCCCCGAUUAUGUUGGCGUGAAUUCCGAUAGAAGACACAUGUUUUUGGUUGAUAAGCUACCUUCAUAUAUUGUGCAAUUAGCCUGGAAUGGAAAAACAAACAAUUGUUAUGGUGUAAUCAUUGAUGAGGACACUGUAUUGACUCUUGCACAAUGUGUUACCCAUAAUAGAGAACGUGUCUCUCAUAUUAAGUAUUUAAACACCAUUACAAUGAAGGUAUCUAGAAUACACGUCCAUCCGAAAUAUGAACAAGAAAGUAGCUAUAAUAACAUAGCUAUUUUACGAUUGCAACAUUUUAUCAAUGUAAAUAAUUUCGAUCCAGCAUGUCUAUGGCAAGAUGAAACACCUUCGUGGGAAGUUCAUGUUCAUGGUUCAGGUCGUCGUGACAUUAAUUCAUUUUGGCAUGAUGGUUCCAUAGAUCCAUCGAUAUCGAUCCUCACUCCACGAGUUCGUUUCCAAAAUGCUACUUCUUGUAUCGUUCCCAUAAGGUAUCUACCAUUACUUCGCAAUGGAUUAACCAACGAACAUAUCUGCAAUGGACAAAAUUUAUUCCUUGUUCCGAAAUCUUGCGAUCUUGUCACUGGUGCAGCAGUUCAUGAAAAAGUUUAUAGAUCCAGCAAUGUAUACCCGAUGGUGUACGGAUUGAACUUUCUGGGCAGGGAGUGUGGUUUCGGCGAGCAUUCGAUAGCGAUUGGCAUGGCAAGUCAUGCCGAAUGGAUGAAGACCAUAUUGUUUUCGAAUUACAGAAAGUCUCAUGACACAAUACAGUUCGUCGAUACGGAUCAUCAAGAGGGAGAUUCUUGUCAUAGAUAUGAUGGUCGAGCUGCGCGAUGCGUUCCAGUUUCGAGCUGUUCAAGAAGAUGGAAACAAUUUCUGUCCAAUGGAACAAUUGAGCUAUGUUCUACUAGCUCUUUGAUUUGCUGUCCUCUCAAUGAUAUCGCGGUAACUGAGCAGAAUGUGGUCCAUCCUCAGCUAGCCGAAUGUCCAGCUUUGGUGGAAAAUCUCAACAUAACAUCCCCGGCACGAUCGCUAGUAUCCAUUGGUUGGCUCAUAUCAGAAGGAAUGGAAUUUAGAUGUCUUGGUACAAUCAUAACGAAAAAUAUCAUUCUAACAACAGCCAGCUGUGUUGGAGAUGAAGUUCCUGCCGUUGUUCAAACUUCAGGAAGUUUAGAAACUCAGAAGAUGUAUGAAGUCGAUGCAAUUCUUGUACACUAUGCCUUCAACGCUACCGAUGACACGAAUGACAUUGCAAUGAUUCGUUUGCGAGAUACUUUGGUAUGGAGGUCAGACUUAUUCCCGUCCUGCUUAUGGACCGAUACAACGAAAGUUCCGCUGGUGUUGUCAAUGGUUUCUCCCGACAAUACCAAUCGUGUGGGGCUUACCAGGGUCGUGGCAAUGUACAAUUCCGAUUGCCAGAGAACUCAUAUGUAUGACAUUCAGGAUUCUCAACUCUGUGCCAGAAAUCCUUCCGAAAAUUUCACUUGUAAUACUAUGAGUGAUCAGUUACGAUUUGACAGCUCCACUCGAGUUUCAUAUAUUGUGGGUUUAUCAACAGAUUUUGAUAAGUGUGAACAAUCGCGCUACACAGUGUUCACUAGAAUUUCCAGUUACGUGCACUGGAUCGGAAUAAAUAUAUAAACAGUAGUAUUCAAAUAUCCUGAGAUUAUGUAGAUAAAAGAAGAAUAAUAAAUCAAAGUGAAAUCAU